AUGUCCACCCUCAAAGUCCUCGUUGUAGGCGGAGGCAUCGCCGGUCCCUCAGUAGCCCACUGGCUCUCCCGCACCGGCGCAGAAAUCACCCUCAUUGAGCGCUCCCCCAAAGCCAGAACAACAGGUCAACAGCUUGAUCUUCGCCACCAAGGCGUGGCGGUCAUGAAGAAAAUGGGUAUUGAGCCUGCGAUACGCGCUAACCAUGUUCAUGAAGUCGGAACACAGCUCAUUGACACAAAUGGUCAAACAAAGGCGUUUUUCCCGACGAUUGAGAGUGGCACUGGGAAUCAGAGUGUCACGACGGAGUAUGAGAUUAUGCGUGGUGAUCUUGUCAAUAUUCUGUUGGGGCUCACAGAGGGGAAGAAGAAUGUGAAGCAUCGCUUUGGAACAAGUGUUGCGAGCUUGACGCAGGAUGAUGAGAGUGAUCCGAAUGGAAAGGUCCAUGUUGGGUUUGAUGAUGGCCAGAAAGACGACUUUGAUCUCGUCGUCGCGGCUGAUGGGACGGGUUCGAGGACACGACAACUCAUGCUUGGACCUGAUGCUCCAGAUCCACGACAUUUCCUUGGUGGUUAUAUCGGCUUCUUCAGCGCUUUGUCGAAACCGCACGAUACGAACCGCUUCACAUUCUGCCAUUUGCCUGGCUCACGCUGGCUCGGUACAAGAAAGGAUAACCCGGAGAUGACACGCGUGUACAUGAACAUACAGAGUCAGAAUGAGGGCCUUGCAGCGGCGCACAAGUCGGGAAAGCUGGAUGAUCUCAAGGCUGCUUGGGCGGAUGUUUUCGCAGACGGAAAAUGGGAAAGUGGUCGGUUCAUGGAUGCGUUGAAGAAUUCUCCAGAUGCAAAUGAUCUCUACUCCACGCCCUGCCAAGAAGUUCGACUACCUCCGGGAUCAUGGUCCAAAGGACGUGUCGUAACCCUCGGCGACGCAGCGCAUGCCCAGACUGCAAACGGCUUUGGAACAACAUGGGGUAUCGUCGGAUCGUACAUACUCGCUGGCGAAGUAGCGACUCUGUACAAUCAAGACCCCAGCAAAGCAGUCGUACAGGGUGUCAAGAGAUAUGAGGAAGUCUUUCGACCAAUAGCGACGUCUCUGCAGGGCGACCAGAGUGCAUUCGCUAGAGCAGUAUUUGCGCCAAAGACGCAAUUUGGAGUGCAGAUACUUCACACGUUGGCAAGAAUGGCAUCGUGGUUCAAGCUAGAUCAAGGAAUGGGCCUUGAUUCCAAGAUCGCCAACUGGCAACUUCCAGAAUAUCCAGUACUGAACGCUGAUAAAUGA